AUGAUGUUUACCAUUUUGUAUGCAAAAGUGAUGCACUUUUAAGCGUCAUAUAUUUAUCUCACAUGUCUACUGUAACAGCAAUUCAUCAUAGCAUGUUAUAGCAGAAAAAUAUCAAUAAAAUGACAGACAAAAGAACAGUAGGAGGCAUUCCAAUUGAAUGUUUAACUGGAGAAUCUGUAGCUAUCUGGUCUGGCUGGCGUACAUUGGAAGAUAGAGAACUUGUCAGAGAAGCAUCUGCAAAAGGCACUCAUAUUGAUCUUGCUUGUAAAUGUUUAGCCUGGAGGAAAACAUGUUCUAUCGAAAAUGCUCAGGAUUAUUUCAACCAAGAAGUAGAAACCUGGGUUAUGGAACUUUUAAGAAAGCACCAAAUUUAUAGAGCUUCUCAUAUUUUAAAUAAUAUGAGCAAAAAUCCAAUGGAAUUUAUAUUUGAAAUUUGUAUGAACUGCAAAGAUUCUACAUUGAGGGAUUAUCUGGCAGAACAUCUAAUAAAGGUUUUACAUUUUGAAACUGAACACAUAAAUUCAUGGAACAUUCUUAAAAGCAUUGUACAAUUUGAACAAAAGUAUAUGAUCAAAGAUGGUUUAAGUUCUUCCUUAUGUAUAAAUGAUAUUAUAAAAUUACCAGAAGUUAUAAAACAAGCAUUAUGCACAGAAUUAUAUUUCUCUGUAACUGAGCAGUCUCUUUUAAAAAGCAUAACUAAUAGUGUACUAUGGGAUUAUUUGCUAUCAAAUAAUAAAAUUGAGAUGAUAAGAUUUUGGAUUGAUAUUUACUAUGGUAGUAAUACACUAGAUGAAUCAAAUGAGAUUAAUGAAGACUACAAGUCUUUGUUUACUACUUUGGAUAUAGUACCAAAUAUGAUUGAAGCCAUUGAUUCUUCAAAUGCUACUACUCUUGUAAAAGAUUUAACUAAAAAUCAUCUGUGUAGGUAUGGAGUGUUUGCACAGAAAGAGAAACAGGAUGUAAAGUUAUUAUUAGCACGUAUUUUUAGCAGUGCUAUGACAAUAUCAGAACUUAAUACUAUAUUAUCGUAUAAGUCAUGUAAUAUUACUAAAACUGAAUUUAAAAGAAUUGAUAAAGAAUUGUGUCUUGCACGUUGUUUAAAUCAAACGGAUACUCAAGUAGAUAAAUCCAAGAUUACAAAAUUAUAUGAUGCUUUAACACAAAUGUGUGAAAGUCAACAACCAUUUGAAGAUGCAUUAAUAGAAGGAAUUUUUAAAACAAUUUUCUAUCUUUCUGAUGAUGUCAACGAAUAUUUGAAACAGAAUUAUUUAAUAGUUUUAGUAUUAAUAUUUUCAUAUUUGUCUAAAAACAAUAUAACAAAUAAUCAAAAUAAGGACACACACAUAAGAGAAAAUAUACUGAAAGAUAUAUUUACAAAUCAAAAUGAUUUACAACUAGGUGCCUACAGUAUUUCAAAUGAAGUUCUUCAACAUACAUUAAAACAAGUUCCAAUUCUUGAGUGCAUUAUAAAAAAUAAACAAAAGGAAGAAGUUACAAUGUAUGAUUUAUUAGAUGGUUAUAAGAAUUUAAAUGUGAAGCAUUUAUAUGAAUGGCGUUUCAAUAAUGAACCAAUGCCUCAUUUUUCUAAUGAAGCUCUUGCUAAGAAAUACGGAUAUACGGAGACAUUAACGUAUGAAUAUUAUUUAAAAGAAGCCCGUCCUACUAUGGCUCUACUUACUCUAAAACGUUCCCAAGGAAAAGUGAUUCGAAAUACAUUUUCUAGAAGGAAACACAAAGCAGCUCUAUAUGCGCAUAUUCUUGCCUUACAGAAUUUAGAUAAACCAGAAGUAUUAUGCACUUGUAUUUCUUUCAUUGAAAUGUUAGGAAUUGAUUCAGAAAAUUUGAGGCUCCAUAUAACUGUGGCAAAUUAUAUUCAUAAUGAGAUUAAUGUUCCUACUGGUAAUUUACUAACAAAUAUAAUGUACAGAAAUGAGGAUGAUUUGAUAACUAUAAUGUUCUAUCUUGAAAAUAGUUUUCAAGCAAAUUUAACAGAAAAUUUAAUUGAAGAUAGUCAACAAUUUGUAAAUAUAUUAAAAAUGUGGGAUAUUAUCGUGCGAUUUGCACGAGCGCAUAAUUUUCCUUUGCCAGUCAGUUUACUAGAAUUCUUGGCAAGUCAUAACCACUGGUUUGAAUUUGUUUUAAUUUGCCAUAUUUUUACUUAUCCUUUAAAUCAGGUAUUAGAGAGUAUUAAACAUUUUGAAGAUACUACUUUAAAAGAACAUUUACAAACUUGUUUGAAUAAUACACAACUUACAAAGUCUCAGUUAACUGUUUGCACUGAGCAGAAGAUAAAAUCACGUGAUACUAGACAAACAUUGUAUUACAAAAUUGGAGUCAAACAAAGUGAAUCUCCUAUAUCUGGUUCUCCAGUAUCAACAAAUUCAGCAAGCACUUCUGAUUCUCACAGUAUGUGUGAAUAUGUUGUAAAUGACAAUAUCUGUUCUCCAGAUGAUGAUUUGUGGUCAAUUAUUCUGAAAUGUCACCAAAGCCCAGAUCCAUCUGGAGCUUUAAUAAAUUCAUCCUGUCUAACUUCAAGACCUUUCCUCACAGUUUUAGCUACCUGUUAUGAGCCAUCUUCAACUGCAGUAUAUUGUUAUUCAUGGAUGGUAAUAUCUACUAGAGAUAAAGAAAUCCUUUCUAACUAUAAAGAAUGUUUAGAACAACAAAUAUGGACAGCGAAUCAAGUUUCCAAUUUGUUAUAUCAAAUGGUAACAUGUGGAUAUACUAAUAACCUUAGCAAAGCAUACAAAAUUUUUAUGCCUGAGAGUCCUUUCAAUUUAUUUUUUGAGUUCCUCACUCAAUGUGUGAAUGGUGAUUUCAAAGAAUGUCAACAAAAGUUAUUGGAAUUCAAAGAGCAGUGUUCAAAUCUCAAAUGUAAUAAAGCUAUGGAUUGGAAUUGUUCCGAUAACAUGUACUUGAAUAAUGUAUACUGGGUUGCAACUGUUACAAUUAAAUGUGUUAUUGCAACACUUGCUUAUAAUCUAAGAAGCACACAUUUGCAAACAAAAUUUCUUGGACUUUUGACAAGAUGUAAUUUUCACGAGAACUUUCCGGGUUAUUUACAAAUCAUAAAAAUUCUUCAAAAAACUAAUGUUACGUUAAAUUUUGCGGCAUUCACUAUAUCAAACAACGUACAUAAUUAUGACACAGAAAUUCAGAGAUGUAUUAGUGAUUUACUAAAAUCUGAAAAUUAUGAUAGUGCAUUAGAAUUAUCAGAUGUAGCAAAAUUAAAUUCAUCUGAGAUAAUCUUAGCUCAGUAUCGAAGUAAAUUUAAAUAUUACAUGCACAAAAAUGGUAAAAUUGAGGAUAAUUUUUGGAGCAAAUGUGCGUUAAAUUUUAAAAAAUACAAUGUUCCACAUAAAAAGGCGACAGAAUUUUUUAUUGAGCAUGCUGAAAGAGAUACUUCUCAUAAAGAAAGGUAUGAAAUAUUAAAAUUGGCGUUUGAAACAUUAAAAAAUGUUGAAGCAGAACAGCAAAAUAUUGAUGUAUUAGAAGUAGCAAUGUGGAAAUCAUGUAUAUUAGCUGGUCCUGAAAAUAUACAAUUAGAUAGAGGACCACACAUCUUCAAUAAACUAAAAACUGAAUUGUUAUCAGGAUUAAAUAAACUGAAAUUUUGCUAUGCAUUAAGUACCAUACAUGAGAAAAAUGCAACUGAAAAUUUAAUUAAUAAGUUAAUUGAUUUAGGUAAAUUGGAUACUGCUUUGAGAAUAAGUAUAAUUUUCAAUUAUGAACAUAAGGAUUUACAAAUACUGCUGUUAUGUUUGAGUUUAGCAGAAGGAGAAAUUUCACCGAAUGAAUUAACUAUUGAACAACAAAAUCUUUUGAAAGAUGCAAAUAAAUACGGUGCCUUAAAGAGUCGUAGUUUACAAAGAUUUUCGUCGUCCUCUUCAUUAAUCAGUUCAACCAAUAUUAAUGAAAGUAAACCAAAAGAAGAAAACAUUCAUAAGGUACAAGUCGAUUGUUUAUCGAUUUUACAAAAAUCACUGGAUAUUUUGGAACAUGGAUUAGACAUAUGCCUCAGAAUUGUUUUGUGUUAUAAAUUAGCAACAAAACUGGGAAAAAGUUACCAAUUAUUAUUAACGUUGAACAAUCCUACUCAAUUUUUACAAGAUGUUGCAGAAAGUGAUAUUGAGGAUAAAUUUGAAGUUAUUGAUAAUAUAAUUACUGCUUACAAAAUAAACAGUGAAACUGUUGCAUCAUUUUUGGCUGAAAAUAUUACGACAAAUAUUUCCCGCGCUGUAGAAGGUGGAUUUGAAGAUAACGUUUCCUUAUGGGGAUACUCUUUAAAUACAAAUUUUCGUGUAAUUAUGGAAUUGUGCAAUGAUGUUUCACUGCUUGGUUGGCAGCUCUUAAAUACUGUAAAUAAAUUGCUUGGACAUCCUCAUGAUGAAAAAAUAAAUGGUAUUCCAAUAGUUCGCCUUGUAACAGGUGUUGGUCGUUUUACAGAAAUGAACUAUAUAUUUCAUAUAUUAAAAGAAAAUUAUCACUUUGAACUUUUACUCGGAAAAGGAUUAAACAAGGUAACUGGUCUAAAAACAGCUCUUUUGGAAUUCCUGAAACGUCAUUGCCCUGAAGAUAAAGACCUGUUUACUCUAGUAGCAUUACAUUUCCAACUGUAUCAUGAAAUUGCACUUAUGUGGGAAAAUGAAGCAAAAACUGUAAUCGAAACAUUGAUAUUGGAUGCAAUAAAAGAUCAUGAUAAAUUACAAAAUGCUAUUCAACAUGAUAUAAAAUUCAUAAGAACCGAAAACGUUCAAAAACAGUUACAAUUGACUAUAACUAAUUAUUGUCAUGCAGCAGAACACUAUUUAAAGGCUAACAAAUUAAAUCUUGCUAUUCAAUGCUCCAAUCAAGCACAGUUAAUUGCUCUUCAACUUACACUUCUUAAUGCAGUACCUUCUGAUCAGCAAGUAAUCUGUAUACUUAAUUUAAAAUCAGAAGAUAUUGAUAAAGUAUUAUAUCAUAGUAACUUAAACUUUUCUCAAAUACUUCUUGUUAUACAUGCUUAUAAUCACCAUGUAGAUUGGGCUAAUCUGAUUUAUAAUCGUUGUAUAUUGAAUGGAGAAACAAAAUAUUUAAAAGAUUUUAUAGUUGUAAAUAAAGUAACUCCUGGUCUUGUAAAGGAUUGUGUAUGCAGGUACAGAUUGGAAAAAAAUAUUACUCAUACUAUGACAGACAACAUGAAAAUAUUAAUUUCCGAGUUAUCAGACGUGGAAUGUAAAUAUGUAUUAGCCAGUCAGUUGGGAUUUAAAACCAUUGUUGAAACAAUGCUCAAUGAUCCUAUGAUAGAUGCAUACCUCAAAGAUACUGUAUGGAAAAAGGGAUAUAAUGCUACCUAA